AUGGUUUUGGCUGUUGGUCAUACAGAUCUGUAUGACAUUUUUAUUUGGACUAGGGAUAGCUGGAUUGCUGCUGUCCUUCGAACUCACAAACGCAAGUCCCAGACCUUGCAGUCUCACAUGAUACUGCAGGAGGAGGAUCUUGUCAUGAUUCACAAGUGCACUUAUUCCGCGAGCAGUCUGGUCAUGAACAUGAAGUGGGGAUUGUCCCAUUGUGAUCAGCAGAACAUCAUGAUCCGCAGGUGUACUUCCCAUCAGGGUGGCUAUUCCCAUGAUGCUGUGGUCCAUGCAUUACAAAAAUGUGGCGUUCGUCAUAUUGACACAGCAAAAAGAUACGGCUGUGAAUCUCUCCUCCAAAAAGCCAUCAAAGAGAGUGGUGUGAAGCGGGAGGACCUCUGGAUAACUACGAAACUGUGGCAUAGUGAUUAUGGCUAUGAAAACACAAAAAAAGCCUGCUUGGAGUCAUGUGAAAGACUUGGUGUUGAAUAUCUUGAUCUUUAUUUAAUACACUGGCCUGAUGCACAUGUUCCGGGUAAAAGCAAUCGAGAGGUCCGAGCUGAAACCUGGAGAGCGAUGGAGGAGCUCUAUGAGAAAGGUUUGUGUAGAUCAAUUGGUGUAAGCAACUUUCUUAUCAGUCAUCUUGAGCAACUAAAGGAAGACUGUGUGAUUACUCCACAUGUUAAUCAGGUUGAAUACCACCCUUUCCAACGACCUCAGGAGCUGGUGGAUUAUUGUAGGAGCAGAGAUAUUGUUUUUGAAGGCUACUGUCCUUUAGCCAAAGGUGAAGCACUCACUCAUCCUAGUGUCAUUCAGCUGGCAAAAAAAUAUGGCAGAACUCCAGCACAGAUUUGCAUACGCUGGAGUAUCCAGAAUGGGAUUGUCACUAUUCCAAAGUCCACAAAAGCAGAAAGGAUACAGGAAAACUGCAAGGUGUUUGAUUUUACAAUAGCAGAAGACGAUGUUGACAUUCUGAAUGGAAUGCAUGACGGGAGACAUGUUUCCUGGGACCCAAGCCUUAUUGUGUGAAUGAAGGUUUUUGAUUUUAAUCUGAGGGAAGAAGAUAUGGAAUUUUUGAACGCUAUGAAUAUCAACAGAAAAUUAAUUCAUCUAACCCAUCCACUGUGGAAAGGAUAACUGAAAACCAGAUUGUUCUAUACUGCAAAAGUGAUGCAACUGAAACGUUAAUUCAUCUUAAACUGAACAAUAGAGCUAAAUUGUUCUCUCGGGUAUUCAGAGUACCUAAUAAAUAUCAAUCGAUAAUCAAAGAUCAAUACCAAUGGCUUGUAUUUACUGUUAUGUUAACAAA